UGCGUGGGGCGGCUGGUGGGCGGGGCGAGGGCCGCUGGGGCCGCGAAGUGGGGCUGCCCCGUGGGCUGCUAGUCGGGUCUGCACUGAGGGGCGCGGCGUCGCGGUGGGCCCCAGCCCGGCAACGGGAAGGCGAGCUGUCCUCUCUCCACCGCCCAAAGUAAACUUUGCCGCUCCUUCCGCGGCGCUCCCGAGUCCUCGCCGCCGCCGGGCCGCAGCAGUCCGCGAAGAACCGUCCUGCGUCAGGGCCUCGUUCUCGGCCCCGGCGCGGGGCCUGUGCGCCAUGGACGCCACGGCGCUGGAGCGGGACGCCGUGCAGUUCGCCCGUCUGGCGGUGCAGCGCGACCACGAAGGCCGCUACUCCGAGGCGGUGUUUUACUACAAGGAAGCUGCACAAGCCUUAAUUUAUGCUGAGAUGGCAGGAUCAAGCCUAGAAAAUAUUCAAGAAAAAAUAACUGAGUAUCUGGAAAGAGUUCAAGCUCUACAUUCUGCAGUUCAGUCAAAGAGUGCUGAUCCUUUGAAGUCAAAGCAUCAGUUGGACUUAGAGCGUGCUCAUUUCCUUGUUACGCAAGCUUUUGAUGAAGAUGAAAAAGAGAAUGUUGAAGAUGCUAUAGAAUUGUACACAGAAGCUGUGGAUCUCUGUCUGAAAACAUCUUAUGAAACUGCUGAUAAAGCCCUGCAAAAUAAACUGAAACAGUUGGCUCGACAGGCACUAGACAGAGCAGAAGCACUGAGUGAGCCUUUGACCAAGCCAGUUUGCAAAAUCAGAUCAACAAAUGUUAAGCCAAAGCCACCUCCAGUGAGAGCACAUUUUCCCCUGGGAGCUAAUCCCUUCCUCGAAAGACCUCAGUCAUUCAUAACUCCACAGUCAUGUGAUGCACAAGGACAGAGAUACACAGCAGAAGAAAUAGAAGUACUCAGGACAACAUCAAAAAUAAAUGGUAUAGAAUAUGUUCCUUUCAUGAAUGUUGACCUGAGAGAACGUUUUGCCUAUCCAAUGCCUUUCUGUGAUAGAUGGGGCAAGCUACCAUUAUCACCUAAACAGAAAACUACAUUUUCCAAGUGGGUACGACCAGAAGACCUCACCAACAAUCCUACAAUGAUAUAUACUGUGUCCAGUUUUAGCAUAAAGCAGACAAUAGUAUCGGAUUGCUCCUUUGUGGCAUCACUGGCCAUCAGUGCAGCUUAUGAAAGACGUUUUAAUAAGAAGUUAAUUACCAGCAUAAUUUACCCUCAAAACAAGGAUGGCGAACCAGAGUACAAUCCAUGUGGGAAGUACAUGGUAAAACUUCACCUCAAUGGUGUCCCAAGAAAGGUGAUAAUUGAUGACCAGUUACCUGUUGAUCACAAGGGAGAAUUGCUCUGUUCUUAUUCCAACAACAAAAGUGAAUUAUGGGUUUCUCUCAUAGAAAAAGCAUACAUGAAAGUCAUGGGAGGAUAUGAUUUUCCAGGAUCCAACUCUAAUAUUGAUCUUCAUGCACUGACUGGCUGGAUACCAGAAAGAAUUGCUAUGCAUUCAGAUAGCCAAACUUUCAGUAAGGAUAAUUCUUUCAGAAUGCUUUAUCAAAGAUUUCACAAAGGAGAUGUCCUCAUCACUGCGUCAACUGGAAUGAUGACAGAAGCUGAAGGAGAGAAGUGGGGUCUGGUUCCCACACAUGCAUAUGCUGUUUUGGAUAUUAGAGAGUUCAAGGGGCUGCGAUUUAUCCAGUUGAAAAAUCCUUGGAGUCAUUUACGUUGGAAAGGAAGAUACAGUGAAAAUGAUAUAAAAAACUGGACUCCAGAGUUGCAAAAGUAUUUAAACUUUGACCCCCGAACAGCUCAGAAAAUAGACAAUGGAAUAUUUUGGAUUUCCUGGGAUGAUCUGUGCCAGUAUUAUGAUGUGAUUUAUUUGAGUUGGAAUCCAGGUCUUUUUAAAGAAUCAACGUGUAUUCACAGGAUGAUUUUGCGAAUAAUCGAGAAUUUAUCACAAUGGUUGUAUACAAGACUGAUGGGAAAAAAGUUUAUUACCCAGGUAUAUUCAGCAUGCAGUUUUACUUUUUCAAAGAUUCCUUCACCAUACACCUUAUCAAAACGGAUUAAUGGAAAGUGGAGUGGUCAGAGUGCUGGAGGAUGUGGAAAUUUCCAAGAGACUCACAAAAAUAACCCCAUCUACCAAUUCCAUAUAGAAAAGACUGGGCCAUUACUGAUUGAGCUACGAGGACCAAGGCAAUAUAGCGUUGGAUUUGAGGUUGUAACAGUUUCUGCUGUAGGAGAUCCUGGUCCCCACAGCUUUCUGAGGAAAUCUAGUGGUGACUAUAGGUGUGGGUUUUGCUACCUGGAAUUAGAAAAUAUACCUUCUGGGAUCUUCAAUAUCAUUCCUAGUACCUUUUUGCCUAAACAAGAAGGACCUUUUUUCUUGGACUUUAAUAGCAUUAUCCCCAUCAAGAUCACACAACUUCAGUGAUGGAGAAAUCUCAAGUUACUGGCUUUUAUACUUAACCAAACAUCCGUUCUUCAAAUAAGGACACAAAUCUUCAGGACAGUAAGCAGAACAAUCAGAAUGGAAUUAAAUAUCUAAAAACACAUUACAGUGGAAUCUGGUGCUUGUCAGGGUGUUUGGUAAGAACUGUAUAUAGUCAGAAUUACCUAGAUCACCUAGAGGUACCAUUUACAUGGUUUUGUGUAUAUAGAGUUGGCUAGCAUUUUAGGGGCCAUUUUGUAUAAAAAUGCUUAUGAUUAAGAUUAGACUUAGUCAUCACUGUGAGUUGCCUUUGCUAAGAGGAUAAAGGAACUGAGACCAGAUGAGAAAAAGGAUAUAGAUUCCUUGAGUGGAAUAGUGGGCUAGAUUCAUAUACUGAAAUAUUUCCAUUGUUUCCCUUUUUUGCAGAGCAUGUGGACAUUAAACCUGCUUGAUUCUACUAUACAUCUUGGGCAACUAAUUACCAAAUGAAUUGUGCCACCAUAAUUGAUUUUAAUUUUGCAUUAUUUAUUAUUUUAAAAUGUUGCCCAGUUGUUAUGAAAGAAUAAAGCUUUUAAAUACAGACUACCUUAGCAUGAAGAUGCUCAUGCCUAAGAAUGAAAAUUGUUGAGAUUAUCUCCCAUUCAGUCAUGUAGCAAGAACUUAGAGAAAUUCACUACUGUGGUUUUUAUUUUUAAAAAAUAGUAAUUGAGAUAUUGAAGACAUUACAAUUUAGUUUGUAUCGUCUUUUUUUAAAUGGCUGUAUUCGGUGCUCUUGUGGCAGUAGCACUUUGAAGAAAAUAGAGAAUUUAAUAUAUGGUGAUUGGGAUAUGUAGCAUUCAGAAAAAGUGAAUUGCCAAGAUACUGGUGUCAUGUAAAUUCCCAGUUUACAUAAAAACCCAUCAGGAUAGAAUGAUGCUCAAUAUUUUAAAAUUCUAAAAAUAGGGUGGGAUUUUUCAUUGUCUCUACUUUAUAAUUAUCAGAACUUAUUUUGUACUGCUACUACCUUAAAUUGAAAUAAAAUGUUUAUACUUAUGGAUAUUGCAUAGUUUAACUUAGAUUUAUUCAAAGAUUUCAUCUGUCAUGUUUCAUGUACAUGAGGAUAGAUUAUUUGCAUGAAAAUAUAUACUUCAACAAAAAUCUGUUCUUUUACAGAAUAGUGGUAGAUUAUUACACUAAUGAGAUUUCACUUUGGUAAAUACUUCAUGCUUUCAGUUUUAGCCUAUUAAUUUUAGGUGGACUAAUUUAACCAGUUUUCUGUUACUCUUUAAAAAGAAAAAAUUCAGAACAUAAGAACUAUAUUAUAAACACAUGAUUUGAACCUGUUGUGGUAAAGAUCUUGUACAGGAUGCAAACUGAAACUGAAAAUCUAAUCCAUCAAAUUUAUUAGAAGAGACCUAUAUAUGAACAACUUAACUGUGGCACUGAUAUUUCUAUAAUAGAGCUCUAAAAACAUGCCACCAGUGUAUGAAUAAGGGAAAGAUUAAUUUUGGCUGGACCAAUAUAAAAAAUUGUACUUGAAGAAUUGAUACCUUAACUUGGACCGUGAAGGAAAGGCUUCAAAAGACAGACUACUGACCGUUAUUGAGUGUUUACUGUGUACCCAAUGUGUAUAUUUUUCUUUUUACUCUUCCCAAUAGCUGAAUAAAGUACAGAUACUA